CAGUGAGAGCUAACAGCGCCGGAGUCUUCUUUAUAAAUGGAGCGUCUCACAGGUAACAAAACGCUGCUUGAGCUCUCUCUUCCUCGACGGAAACGGCAGCACAAACAGAAAAUUACUAGCGCUUCGCACCUCGACAGAAAACAACUGCAGCAGCCGUGCGCAAAUAUGAAGAAGCACCAAUACGAGGACGAGAACUCUGACAGCGAUGCAGAGCUGGAAUCUUCUGUUCCAUCUACGACGAAUGUCCAUCCUUCUUGUUCUUCUUCUUCCAACUUCCUCCUUCCCUCGUCUUCUCAGCGGAGAUCCAUCUCCAUGGGAGACUUUCGGAGAGUCCCUGCAGGACAAACGUGCUCCGAGCCGCCCUCUGCAGCUGCCACGGCACCCUCGUCCAAGCUGGUCACCCCCAGCUCAAGUAUGGAGUUCGAGGCAGCUCGUCGGCGCCUCCUGGAGGUGGAGGAGCGCCAGCGCGUCAUCAGGGAGAUGGAGAGGCGACUGGAGGAGCUCAGGGAGGUGUUUGUGCGCUCCGAGCAGGAGGCGGUGGAACACGGGGAGCUAGUGGCCCGCAUCACCGCUGCCGCCCAGCAGGGCGAACUAUAUGUGGCGGAAAACGGACAGCGGCUGAAAAAGGGAUUGCGGUUCAAACGGCACAGGCCCACCAUUGUCUUCUCCUCCAUGCUGGGGCUCAGAACGUGCCUCCCUUGGCCUGUCAAACUCAAAUAACGACAGCAAGACAGCAUCGUU